AUGGCUGAUGCUUCGAAGGAGGGGAAACUGACCCGAUUCCUGGACUUUGCCCAGCUGGUCGACAUGGCCUCCGAGUCUGUGGGAGGAAAGAUUUUAUUUUCAACAGACGACUUCUUUGCUCCUGCAGAAAACCUCAUAAAGAGCGACAACCCAAACUUUAAAGAGCACGAGUACACAGAGUUUGGGAAAUGGAUGGACGGAUGGGAGACCAGGAGGAGACGGACAGCAGGUCACGACUGGUGUGUCAUCAGCCUGGGGAUUCAGGGGAUCAUCCGCGGCUUCGACGUGGACACCUCUUACUUCUCAGGAAGUCAUGCCCCUCGCAUGUCCAUCCAGGCAGCCAACCUGGAGAAAGAUAAACUGCCAGAAAUCCCACAGAGAGGGGUCCGGACAGGAGCCGCAGCCACCCCUGAAGAGUUUGCAGCCAUUGCACAGCUAAAAUCUGACGACUGGAUUUCCCUGGUUCCUAUGACGGAGCUUAAGCCAGGAAGCACUGCUUCCAGCCACAACUACUUCCUGGUCAACUCCCAGCAGAGGUGGACUCACGUGAGACUCAACAUCUUCCCAGAUGGGGGGAUUGCGCGCCUUAGAGUAUAUGGUACUGGACAGAAGGACUGGGCUGCAACUGAUCCCAAAGAUCCGGUAGACCUGGUGGCCAUUGCCUUUGGGGGUGUCUGUGUAGGAUUCAGCAAUGCACAUUUUGGGCACCCAAACAAUAUGAUAGGAGUUGGUGGGCCCAAGUCCAUGGCAGAUGGCUGGGAGACUGCGAGACGGCUGGACAGGCCCCCAGUGUUAGAAAAUGACAAGAAUGGCCUUCUCCAGGUUCAGGGUUGUGAGUGGGCRGUUUUCCGGCUGGCACAUCCUGGAGUCAUAACUCAAAUUGAAAUCGACACCAAGUAUUUUAAAGGCAAUUCUCCCGACAGCUGCAAAGUGGACGGGUGCAUCCUGACCACCCAGGAAGAAGAAGACAUGGUCAACAAAAAGUGGAUUCUUCCAGCCCAUAAAUGGAAGCCCCUUCUCCCCAUCACCAAGUUGUCCCCCAACCAAAACCACCUGUUCGACAGCCUGACCCUGGAGCUCCAAGACGUCAUCACUCACGCUAGGUUCACCAUCUUCCCGGAUGGAGGCGUGAGCCGCCUUCGACUCAAGGGCUUCCCCAGCUCCAUCUGCCUGCUGCGGCCCCGGGGGGACCCCAGGAUGAGGUUCUCAGUUAAAACGGGUUUUAAGGCAAACCUUUAA